AUGACCAUAACCACUAGUCUCUUCUUCUUCAUUUCCCUCCUCUCUCUCUCCUCCGCCUCUUUCCGGGUCCAUGACCAUUCUUCCCCCAACACCACACCCACCACUACUUCGAUCCAACAAGUCUGUAAAGCCACUCGCUUCCCUGACCAAUGCGUGAGCUCCUUAUCCCAAUCCAAACUCCCUCCAAACCCAACUCCUCUCCAGUUGGUCUACUCAUCAAUCUCUGUCUCCUCUCAAAAUCUCCUUAAAGCUCAAUCUAUGGUGAAGUCCAUCCUAGCCUCCUCCUCAGGUAAUAAAAACCGCACAAAUGCCGCGACCAACUGUCUCGAAUUUCUCCAAAGUUCACAGUACCGGAUCUUUAACACUGCCAAAGACGCUCUCCCACAAGGCAACCUAAAAAUCGCUAGAGCUUGGAUGAGCGCUUCUCUUCUUAACCAAUACGACUGCUGGUCAGCUCUCAAGUACGCAAACGACACGAAAUUGACGAACGAGACAAUGUCGUUUUUGAACUCGCUAACAAACUUGACAAGCAACGCGCUGAGCCUGUUGUUUUCGUACGAUAAUUUCGGAAACAACACCGCUUCGUGGGUUCCAGCGAAGACCGAGCGUGAUGGGUUUUGGGAGGCGGUGAAGAAGUCCGGUGGCAGUGGUGGGUUUAAAGGUGGGGUUCCAACGGACUUGAAGGAGGACGUGACGGUGAGUAAGGACGGAAGUGGGACUCAUUCGACGGUGCAGGAGGCGGUGAACGCAGCGCCAGAGAACGGUAAUGGGAAGAAGUUUGUGAUAAGAAUAAAGGCAGGGGUGUAUGAAGAGACGGUGAGAAUUCCGUUGGCGAAGAAGAAUGUCGUGUUUUUGGGAGAUGGGAUUGGGAAAACGGUCAUUACUGGGUCUUCCAAUGUGGGUCUUCUUGGGAUGACUACAUACUCUACGGCUACAGUUGCUGUUCUUGGCGAUGGAUUCAUGGCUAGUGGCCUCACAAUCCAGAACACAGCCGGUGCUGGUGCCUUCCAAGCCGUAGCCUUCAGAUCAGGCAGUGAUUUAUCUGUCAUCGAAAACUGUGAAUUCCUAGGCAAUCAGGAUACUCUCUAUGCUCACUCACUCCGCCAAUUCUACAAAUCAUGCCGCAUUCAAGGCAAUGUGGAUUUUAUUUUUGGAAACUCGGCUUCUUUUUUCCAAGACUGCCAGAUCUUAGUUACUCCUAGACAAAAUAAAACAUUAACAAACGAGACUAAUGCCGUCACUGCACAUGGCAGAACAGAUCCUGGCCAGUCAACAGGUUUUGUUUUUCAAAAUUGUUCGAUUAGUGGCACCGAGGAAUAUUUGAAAUUGUACCAUAGCAAUCCCAAAGUACACAAUAAUUUCUUGGGGAGGCCCUGGAAGGAGUACUCUAGGACAGUUUUCAUACAGUGCAACUUAGGAGAACUUUUUUCACCACAAGGCUGGCUGCCAUGGAGUGCCGAUUUUGCGUUGCAAACGCUUUAUUAUGGGGAAUCUGGGAAUACUGGACCAGGUUCAACUACGUCCCAAAGGGUAACUUGGAGUUCUCAGAUCCCUGCACAACACAUUGACACAUAUUCAGUUGAGAAUUUCAUUCAAGGAGAUCAGUGGAUUCCACCAUCCAAAUAAGAGAGGGUUUUGAGAUUGUUUUAUCGGGUAUAGCUUACCUCCAUUACUUUUUUAACUCGAAUAUUCUUUUGUUUUAUUGAGAAAUUGUCAUAUUACCCAUUAACUGAAUAAAAGGUGAUGAUUAAGACUUACAAGUUAAAAA